AUGAACCGGGUUGCUACAGCAGUCACCUCAGUCUUAACGCUCGCCUCCAUGCUCUUCCUAGGUUUCAUGAUCUUCUCCCGGUCAGAGCAGAGGCGGAUGCUGGUCUCCAGCUACCAGUCGGGCAUGGAGCCUGGGGCCCAGCUCGAGAGCAGCGUGAAGGAGCUCAAGAAGCUCCUCGCCGAUAUUGACGCUCGGGUGGGCAGGAUAGAGCAGCACCUGUUCAGCAGCGGGGGUUCGCGGACGGAGGUCAAGAGCCCAGCUCCAGUCGAGCUGGUCCCGCCGUCUGGCAGUGCACCCAGCAGGCAUGGGGGGGAAGUCAUCAUAUCGAGGAAGGAGCCAACGUCCCUCUCGCUCUUCCCCCGCAAGAACGCUUCUGCUGAGGCUCUCCCCAAGGCUGCCUUCGAGUCUUUCCGACUCGUCGUGCUCACGUGCGAGCGAGCUCGCUCCCUCGGCCGCCUCCUGCGCUCGCUGGUUGGCGCCGCCUACGAUGGCCUGCCCGCAAACCUGCACGUCCACCAGGAUCGAAAUUCGAAGGGUGAGCUGGACCCGGAGGUGAAGAAGGUGGUGGACGAGCUUGCCUGGCCGCAUGGCAGCAAGGAGUUACACCAGUGGCCGAAGCAGGUAGGCAUCAUGGGGAACUGGAUCGACUCUUGGCAGCCGAGCCAGGACAGUAAGGAGCUGGCGAUCUUCCUGGAGGACGACCUCGAGGUCUCUCGUUUCUUCGCUCGCUGGUUCCUCGCUGCCCACAAGCACUUUGCGCAUGACGAGUCCGUCUCCUGCUUCUCCGCCAUGCGAGCGCAGCUGAGGGCGGCGGACCAGAGGGGGGAGGGGCUCAUGGAGAACACGGUGCCGGAGACGGUGCGGGGGUUCAAGUACAGGCUGAUGGGGACUUGGAGCUUCUCGCCCAAGGCUCAGCACUGGUUCUUCUUCCGCCAGUGGUUCCACAAGGUCAGCAAGAUCUCCAACUUCAAGCCUACUGUGGAGGGCAUCAUCCCUUCCACGUGGUACGAGGAGUUCCUCAGGAAGGGGACGCAGUCCUCCAUGUGGGAGAUGUGGUACAUCCGCUUCAUGGAUCAGAAGCAGAAAUUCUGCGUCUACCCCUGGGUCAAGUACCGCAGGACCCUCGUGGCGAACUGGAGGGAGCCGGGCCUGCACUACUCGGGGCCUGCGACCAUGGACUAUCCCGUCCUCACUGAGUGGGACCCUAGCCUGGUUCAGUGGCCUGCCGACGUCCUGACGCUGGGCUGGGACGGGCACGAUAUGAACGAGCCGAGGAAGAUUCGGGGAGCACCUCCUCUGCUUGAGGUCAUCAGGAAGUGA